AUGCUCUACACAUCGUACGGCACCCCCAUAUCAUACGAAACAGCUGCAACGCGCUACGAAGUCGGCGUCUCGGCAGCCCAGUACACAUCCUUCCCAUCCUCGCGCACCCGCGUUGAGGAUCACACCGCGUGGACCCCUGAGAUGGGAACCGCGUUCAUUACCCCCUUCGACCCGCCAGAGGUUCGCGCACUUAAAUAUGGUGCCGAUCCUUUUGCCACUGGCACAUUAUCCCGGCCCGACUCGUUCUACCUCCGCGACUCGGAGUUCAUCAGAGAAGCGUUGGGGCAGGGAAAGGCGAAGAAAGCUACGCCCUCUCCAAAGAGGAAGCAGAGUUUCCGCCGCUUGCUGAAGAACGCCAUCAAGCAGUCGUGCAGAGAGAUCAUGAAGGAUUUGAAGGAAAAGCGUCGAGGCACUUCUCAAUCAGCAUAA